AUGGACGUCGCAGACGUCUCCUACGCCAUUCCCGAGAGCGUCUCAAGCCUGCUGGGAGAUCUCGCCGCCGUACAGAAGGUCGCUACAGAAUAUUUUGGGACUGUCCAUUGUUGGUGGUCCAUCAUUUCCAAGCAUUCCUUCUACAAGCGCCUCAUGAACCCCCUGAGGCCCAGGCAAGCAGAUGCCGCCCUCCUGUUGCUUUGUAUGAAGUUGAUCAUCUGGAGGCCGUCGGAGGGAACGCAGGACCCCCGGACCCCGUUGUAUCUUGCUGCAAAACGCUACUCAACCGAGCUCGAGGUGGCAGGAGCCUUCAGCAUCCGCGGGUUGCAGGCAGCUGUACUGAUCGCCCUCUACGAAUUCGCCCACGGCAUUUAUCCAUCUGCGUUUCUGUCUGUCGCUUCCUGCGCGAGGUACGGGGUAGCGCUUGAUAUCCACCUGACUUUGACAGAAACUCCUGGAGAAUGUGAUGACUGCUUUCAGUCGGAGGAGAAGAGACGGAUUUGGUGGUCCAUUCUCAUUCUCAACCGCUUCACAAAUAUAAGCUGUCCGGGGAGAGGCAAAUUCGAGACCGAUGAUCCCAGCCCGACCGAUCUUCUCCCGGCCGAUGAUGCGGCAUGGGAUGCAGGCAUGGUCACUCCACACGAUAAGAUGACUAUCUCUUGUCCCGCGACGGAGCGGAUGGGCAGAUUUGCGAAACUCGCCCAGGCUACCCAUCUCCUCUGCCGGGUCUUCCAGCAUGUGAGCGAUCACUCCAUGGAUGCUGAGUUCCGUGAGAGCCAGGAGCGUCAGCUGGAGAAGGCAAUCCAAAUGUCCAUCCGGAUGGUCAGCGGCGUACUGAAGGGUCCUGCGGGUGCUCAUGCUCAGAUCUGUUACAGCUCCCUGUUCGUCCUCUACGACGACGUCCUCAGCAUCGAGCCCUCGACUACUGCGAAGCUCCGACGUCGCGACCAUGCGCGCGACCUGCUCGAACGAGUUUCCAAGACCUGCGCGACCUCCUCGGGCCACUUUCUGCAGGGUAAUGCACUCCCUGUCGAGAUGGUGACUCCGUUCGUGCUGCAUUGGAAGUAUCGAGCGGCAGCCUUCUAUGUUCGUAUGAUGAGGGAGAGCCCCAACAGCGAUCACGAGAAGAACUUGGAGAUUCUCAAGAGUGGACUGAGGACGCUUGACAGCAGGUGGAAGAUUGCAGGAACCUAUCUACGAAUGGUAGAGGCCAGGGAAAUCAUGCUUUGCACCUAG